GGGGCGGGCUGGCCUGUCAGCGUCAGCCCUGCCCACACGCUGCUCCUAGCCAGCGGUGUCUGAGCCGGGCCAGUGAAGGCGGCGAGGCCAGGAGGCCCAGUUCUGCCACUGUACCAGCCAUGGGGUCCCAGGGCCAGGCUCCCAGGGGCCCCAGGUACGUGGGCCUCUGGGACUUCGAGGCCCGGACAGCCGAGGAGCUGAGCUUCCGGGCAGGGGACCUCUUCUGCGUGGCCAGGAAGCAGGAGGAGUGGUGGUGGGCCGUGCUGCUGGACGCGGCGGGCAGCGCCCUGGCCGAGGGCUACAUGCCCUACAACUAUCUGGCUGAAGACGAAACAGUGGAGUCUGAGCCGUGGUUCUUCGGCCGAAUCUCUCGCUCGGAAGCCUCGCACCGACUGCAGGCCGAGGGCAAGGAGCGGGGGGCCUUCCUGAUCAGGGUCAGCGAGAAGCCAGGCGCCGACUACGUCCUCUCAGUGCAGGACGCGCAGGCUGUGCGGCACUACAGGAUCUGGCGGCGGGCCGGCCAGCUGCACCUCAACGAGGCCGUGUCUUUCUGCAGCUUGCCAGAGCUCCUGGACCACCACAAGGCCCAGAGCCUGUCCCAUGGCCUGCGGCUGACCUCGCCCUGCAGUAAGCACGUGCCUGAGCCCCUGCCCCUCUGCGACGAGUGGGAGAGGCCGCGAGAGGAGUUCACGCUCUGCCGGAAGCUUGGGGCUGGCUACUUCGGGGAGGUCUUCGAGGGGCUCUGGAAGGACAAGGUCCGAGUGGCCAUCAAGGUGAUUGCCCGAGACGACCUCCUGCACCAGCGCAUGGUCCGGGCAGAGAUCCAGGCCAUGAAGAAGCUCCGGCACAAGCACAUCCUGGCGCUGUAUGCGGUGGCCUCCGUGGGGGACCCCGUGUACAUCAUCACUGAGCUCAUGCCCAAGGGGAGCCUGCUGGGGCUGCUGCGGGACUCUGACGACAAAGCCCUGUUGGCCUCGGAGCUGGCGGGCAUCACAGCGCAGGCGGCUGAGGGCAUGUGUUACCUGGAAUCGCAGAAUUACAUCCACCGGGACCUGGCGGCCAGGAACAUCCUCGUGGGGGAGAACAACACCUGCAAAGUUGGGGACUUUGGGCUGGCCAGGCUCAUCAAGGAGGACAUCUACCUCUCCCACGACCACAGCAUCCCCUACAAGUGGACUGCCCCUGAGGCGCUCUCCCGAGGGCAUUACUCCAUCAAGUCCGACGUCUGGUCCUUCGGGGUUCUCCUCCAUGAGAUAUUCAGCGGGGGUCAGACACCCUACCCAGGCAUGUCCAACCACGAGGCCUUCCUGAAGGUGGAAGCAGGCUACCGCAUGCCCUGCCCCUCCAAGUGCCCACCCACCACAUACAAACUGAUGCUCUGCUGCUGGCACAGGGACCCCACGCAGAGGCCUGGCUUCAAAGAGCUGCGGGAGCAGCUCUCCAGCUGCACCAGGUACGAGAACCCAUGAGGAAGGGCCUGAGCAACCGCGGAUCAAGGGUGUGGGCUGACCUUGAGUUACUGAGGAUUUGUGCUAAGGCUGCAGCUCAUGAACCAACUGGACACUCCCAGGUAGGGGCCCCCGGCAGCACUGGGCCCGCCCUGUCCCGGGGCAGGGGAGCUCACCCAGUGCAGUCUAGGGCUCAGACUACCCCUUCCUCCCACCUACUCCUCUCGACACCAGCUCUGGAAAGUGCCAGGCCCUCCACAGCCCACGCCUGCUCUGGAACCCUCCCUUCUUUCCUAAGGGAGGGGACCUGUCCCUGGUCCUGACCCGAAGCCCACUGACUGUCAGGACAGGACUGAGCCUCCCUGGCUGUGCACGGUGGGGACUUAGGCUUUGGCUGCACUCCCUCUGCCACCUGGCCCUGCCUGACCCCUGAACUUGAGGGGACAUGGACUUUCCAGCACUCUGCAUUGACAGGAGCCCUGAUGCCUGCUACCUGGUGCGAGGCGGCUGUCCCUGGCCACCUGCCUCAGCAAUCAGCAGCUGCCACCAGGGGAUCUGGGGGCUUCAUCUGGACACUGUGGCCAGAAAGACUGGGUGGGGCUCAGGCCAGCCUUGGAGGUAUGCCCCCUCCCCCUGGCUCAUCACUGUCUACCAGCCUUUGGACCACAGGGGAGCCCACCCCCCAACUCUGCAGUCUGUGUGGACACACUGAGGGCAAGCAGGACAGAGGGUGCAGCCUUUGGGGGCCACUAGCCAUCCAAUUGCCUUGGAAUGGACCUGUGCGAAUGAGGCAGAGUGCAGAUGGGGAGGUCAGAGAAUGGGCUCCUUCAAGGGCCUGCUGAGCCCAGCCCAUUAACCUCCCACCAAGCCUCCCUCCACUCCCCCGGUCCACCUCUGCUGGACACCACCAGCCAACCACCAGGAGGCCAGCAGAGGAUGAGCCACACCCUCACCACCACACACAGAGCCCCUGGAAUUGGACUUUGCCCAGAGCUGGGCUGUCCCUGGUGGCAGGGCCCCUCUAGGGCACUCCUACACCUCCUACCCCUCAGCCUUAGUUUUGGGUGCCUGGGGCCACGCCCCCAGGGUUGGGGAACCCUGUCCAGAGAGCAUCUUUCAAGAGGCUAGAAAAAGAAGAGGUGACCCCUUACCAGAAGGCACCUGGGAAGACGUGGCAUAUGAACCACCCUACACCAGCUUGAGGACGGCCUCCUCAAGGUCCUCCAAGGGGCACUGGGCUCCUGAACCCAGAGCCAGAGGCCCAGCCCCCAGCAUUAGUGGCAGGGACAAGGGGUGCAGUCAGAGGGCCCUGACCGCAGUGGCUGUCCUGGAGGCCUCCUGUCCAGCUCCUGGGCUGCCUGCUCUCCCCAGCUCCCCAACAUAGCAAGGCACCCUACCCCUUCUCAGAUGCGAGGCUCCAUGCUCACCAGAGCUGCCUCCCCAUGUGCACCUGGGCCAGACCUUGGAGGUGGCCCCCUAGGGAGGGGCCCCAGGAAGGCCCAGGGAGCAAAGCCAGUUCCCCACCGCCCAGGAAGUGAGAAGGUUGAGGGUAUGGGUGACUUCUCCCAGGGCGGGGGGCGGCAGGGUGCGGGUGGGGCACACAGCUCACACACACCAUCAGGCUGAUGGCUGCUUGGAGUUUAUUUUCUACUUGGUGCAAGGCACAGGGUUGUUAAGUGUCAGGAAGGCUCUCACGUGGCUUGGACAGCAAAGAGUGCGGUUCUCUUAACUUCCUUUUUGGUGUUUUGCUGUUUUGAUAUUAAAGAACCCAACCGUU